AUGGAGAGAUUCACAGUAGAUAAUGUUAAUUCAGGAGGUGCUUAUAAUAAUUCCGACAGUAAUGAGCUUGAACAUUCCUGGAAAAGUGGUGCAUUUCCGCAAAAAGACGGUAGUUCAGUCGAUAGUUCUUCGUCAAGGGCAGAUAAAAGGGAGUCUUUGAACAAUUGUGACCACAAUGAUGGAAGAGAAUCGAUGAAAUCAAGGGUUAAUCAUAGCAAUAAAGACGAAGAAGUUGGAUAUUACGAUGAUACACAUGCUCAAUGGAAAAAGGCCCCAGAAUUUAAAGGGGAUUUUGCAGGUUCAUUUGGAUCAAGGCCAACUAUGAGGGCAUUUUCUACUUAUCCGGAUGAGGGACCUUCCAAUUAUCAAUCUGGGCCUUUUCAUGAUUGUGCAGUGAAGAAAAGGAUUAACCACGUGGUUGAUGGUCCUGGUAGAGUUCAAAAUUUGGAGCAUGGUAGAAACGAGCUCCUUAGAAAGUUGGAUGAGUUGAAGGAGCAACUAAGUAGAUCUUGUGAUGUCUCAGAGAAACCUAGGGAAAGGGCUUCUCUUGAUAGGAAGAUGGUUCAUUCUCCUCCUCCCCCUCCUCCUCCUCCUCCUCCUCCCCCACCACCUCCACCAUCAGCCUUUCUUAAUAGUUAUUCUGGACAUGGUUCUUAUGUGUCACAAGCCUCAACCAAUUUGUAUAAUGCUAAUAUGCAGCCCAUUGAACCCCUUUAUUUCAAUCAUGAUGAUGGAUGUAUUCCUUACCUCAAUAGUCAUGGUUUGGAUAUGCACAAUUUCUAUCCUUCAAGGAGUGCCCCAAGUGAAUAUGUGGGAUAUGAAGACCCCUACCUUUCCCAAAGGCUUAGGAGACCAGCACCUUAUCAGUCACAAUCCCAAUACUUGACGCCACCUUAUGGAAACCAUGUGGUUCCCAGGCAGCAUAUGGAAUUGAAUCAGAAUACUCUUCCAUCAUACCACAAAACCUUUUCACACCAGCCUUCUCGAUCUUAUUUACAGCACUACAACAAUGACUGGCAAAUUCCUCCAAAUGUCCCAAACCCUGUUUGUCAUGCAAACCCUUUUGCAGAAGGCCCACUUUAUUAUAAUUCUAGAGGCUGCAAUUCUCAUCCACAUGAUCUCCCUGGGGGGCACCCAAGACGGGUGGUGGUUGCUCGUGGAAGUGAACAGGCUUGCCUUCCAGUAGCAGGUGGUGCCCCAUUUAUAACAUGCUUCAGUUGUUUUGAAUUGCUGAAACUGCCAAGAAAUGUUAUAAUGACUGGGGGGAAUCAACAGAGAGUUCGGUGUGGGUCUUGUUCUGCUAUAAUAUUGAUUCAGUUUGAGAAGAAGGGUAUUCUUGUCUCAAUUCCCACUCAACCUGAGCAAGUUUCUGCCAAGUGUGAUGAUAGCUCUGGCGAGCUGGUGAAUGAAAACCUUCAAAGAGCUGAUGAUUUUGAUAAUAUUGGUUACAAAUUUGCAUUGACUGAUGCUGAAUUGAGUAUCUUAAGUGAACAAAUACAAAAUAUUGCUGAAUCCAAUGAGAGGCAGGACCCCCUUUCUUCUUCUUCUUCUUCCAGCUUUUCAGAGGAUGAGCAGAGCCCAGAUAGUGAGAAGGUUAUGCUUGACAGGAAAAACUUGCAACAAAAUUCCACGAGAGAUGUUUCAGUAGCAACUGAGAUGGAAGUUUCUUAUAAUGAAGUUCUAAACAGUGGUACAUCUCAAGACUCUGAGGAGGUAAGCAGAGAAGAGGAUCCACCAAAGAUCAACAAAGGGGCUGAAUCCUUUUUUGCAGGUCUCAUGAAGAAGAGUUUUAGCGACUCGGGAAGGCCAAAAGUUUCUGUUAAUGGGCAACCUUUAUCAUAUCGCUUAGUUAAGAAGGCUGAAAAGCUAGCAGGGCCCAUUCAACCUGGAAGCUACUGGUAUGACUACCAAGCAGGAUUUUGGGGUGUGAUGGGCCACCCUUGCCUUGGCAUAAUUCCUCCAUUUAUUGAAGAAUUCAACUAUCCAAUGCCGGUGAAUUGUGCAGCUGGAAAUACCGGUGUUUUUGUCAAUGGACGAGAACUUCAUCAGAAAGAUUUAGAGUUGCUUGCCCGCAGGGGCCUGCCAACCACGAGAGAUAAAUACUAUAUUAUUGAGAUUUCAGGUAAAGUUUUGGAUGAGUGCGGUGGUGAAGAACUGGAUGGCCUUGGGAAACUUGCCCCAACGUAA